AUGUCGGGCAUACCGCGAUAUAACAAUGCACCACUGAAUGCACGAUCGGGUGUUCUUGUCCCUCCCACCGGGCCUUCAACAUCCUCUGAAACGGCCGCGCCUGCAUCAUCAUCAGAACCUCUGAACAACAGCAACCCCACCACGACAUUAUCCUCAUCCUCCUCGUAUCCACGAGCGCAACCCGCAGCUGCCGUGCCCAUUCCUACCGGGCUUGCAAACUCGCGACGUUACGCCCCUCCCCCCGCAGCUGCACUUACGACGGCCAAACCAGAGCCAACGCGCACGAUAAAAGAAGAUUCCGAUGUACCGCCUGCACCCCAACCAGGUACUUUCCCCGAGCCGACUACUGGGUUCGCGGGAAAUACGUUCGCAUCGCAAACUAAAUCUGUGCCUCCGCCUCCCAGAGCGGGGUCUUCAAUACCCCCUCAGAUGAUGAUUCCGCCGCCAAGCGUCACCCGCGCACCGUUUUCGACGACGAUGACGAUGGAUGCGAACACGGCAGCUCAGACAUCGAAUUCAUAUGGGACAAUGCAUCCUCAACCGGUUUCUGUUGGCGAUGCGUAUGCUCAUCGUACACAGCAGGAAAACGAGGGAUAUGGACAGCGACGCAGUGUGGAAUACCUGGAGCAUCCACCGGGAUACGUGCAGAAUGCGUAUGCGGCUGAACUGAGCAGUGAUCAGAGGAGAGCAAUGGAUGUGAAUGAGAGGAGAGAAAAUGCCAGUGUAGGUGGGGUGAAUAGUGGGGGUGAGGAGGAGGGGAUCUGGGGGAGUGCAAAGAGGUGGGUUGGGAGUGCCGGGAGUAAGUUGAGUGAAGGGGAAAAGGAAGUUUGGAGGAGGAUUAACGGGGAGUAG